AUGCAUCUGUCCAUGGGGUCCUCCAAAAUGGCUGAUGGAUUCCAGAGCAAAGUGGUAGCACCUCGUUUUCCAAAGCUAGUCAGAGAGACAGAGGAGUCUGUAACUCUGACUCCUUCGGCCUUCCUGAAGGAGAUGUCUCUCACCACGGAGCAGAGGCUGGCCAGCACUGGGGAGAUGAGGCGGCCCCGGAUUAUCCAGCUUCUAGACAUGAGUGAAACCUCCCAUCAAAAGUUCUCCUCAGUUGACCUGGACCAGAGCUUGUUUCAGCCUUUUCCAUCAGAGGUGGUGUUUCAGAGCUAUGUCCCCCGCGAGGUCUAUGAAGCGCCGCUGAUUCUGAGGAACACCGACAAGGUUCCUCGGCUGGUGAAGGUCGUCCUGGAGAGCUCACCUUAUUUCAAGUUGAUCGGCCACAGGGAUGUGUACCGUAAGGUAGCACCUGGCAUGCGUUCCACUUUCCGCAUCCUUUUCACCCCUGAGGAGAACAAGGAUUACUUCCACCAGCUCACCUGCAUCACGGAAAGGGAAAAGUUCGUUGUGCCGAUCCGAGCUAUAGGUGCCCGAGCCAUCCUGGACUUCCCUGACCAGCUGAACUUUGGUGUCUGUCCCGUCAAGUACAGCACCCAGAAAACACUGCUGGUUCGCAACAUCGGGAACCGGGAGGCCCGCUACCGCAUGAGCACUCAGAGCCCUUUCUCUGUCGAUCCCUCCGUCGGGACUCUUGGGAUUGGUGAUGCCAUGCAAGUGACAGUGGAGUUUCACCCACUGAAGACGGGGCACCAUUCCAGGUCCUUGGUAGUUCACUACGACACAGGUGAAGAUACCCACACGAGCCUUUAUGGAGCAGCUGGAGAUGUCAACAUCAGGCUAGACAGGAACUCCUUGGCAGUUGAGAAGACUUACCUCUCGCUGUCAAACCACGGAUCCGUGGUCAUCCACAAUCGGAGUGAAAUCAUAGCCCACUUCCAGUGGAAGGCUUUUGCUACACAGGAAGAGGAGGAUCAGCGGAAGCUGAGGCUGUGUCGCAGGCUGCAGAGGCAGGAAGAGGUCAAGACGGAUUGCUUCCUCAAGGAGUGCACAGUGGACCCCACUCUCCGAGAACGCCUUUCCCUUCUCUCCCGCACCUUCCGGAACCAGAGGGCAAAGGUGCAAGGAGACUCCAUGCUUUUCUCCGAUGAUAUCUUCACCAUUGAGCCGAUGGAGGGAGAUGUCUGGCCAAAUUCUUCGGCUGAAAUCAAGGUGAUCUUUAAACCCCGAGAAGCUAGAGUGUAUCAACAAGCGGUCUACUGUGAAAUCUCAGGCCGAGAGGCCAGGCUGCCCCUGCGCAUCAAAGGUGAAGGCAUAGGGCCCCGGCUCCGCUUCAACUUUGACCAGCUGGACAUCGGGAAGGUUUUCAUUGGAUCAGCCCACAGCUAUGAGGCGGUCCUGUUUAACAAAGGAGCCAUCGAUGCUUUCUUCCGGUUGGUCCCUCCAGCUACAGCUCUGGGCUCCUGCUUCACCUUUCUGCCCCGGGAGGGCACCGUUUUGCCGGACGGGCUCCAGGUCAUCCGGAUCUCCUUCAGUUCCACCAUCCUGGGGCAGUUCACAGAAGAAUUCAAGUUCAGUGUGAAUGGAUCCCCUGAGCCUGUGACCUUGACUAUCAGGGGCUGUGUCAUCGGACCGACUUUUCAUUUCAACGUACCUUCCCUCCGCUUUGGUGACGUCUCCUUCGGCUUUCCUCGCACCUUGUCGUGUCGCCUCACUAACACCUCCUUGGUGCCCAUGACCUUCAACCUUCGCAUUCCUGGGGACGGCUCGGGAGAGCCCAGUGUUACCAGUUUUGUUCCUUUGUCGGACAACACUCACUCAUACUGGAGAAGGGGAGCCCAAGGUCUUGUGAAGCCAACCGAAUUUACCAUCAUGCCGUGCAGAGGGACCAUCCGCUCCCAGGGGGUCGUGGAUAUCCAGGUCACCCUGUGUUCCAACACCGUGAAGAGAUACGAGCUGGCACUGGUGGUGGACGUGGACGGCGUUGGCAAGGAGGUGUUGGCAUUGCCUCUCACAGCCAGCCAGAUUCGAUGCUGUUGUGCUGCAGUGGGUGUCAGUUGA